GGAAAUUUCCGCCAUAAAGGCUAUGAUGAAAAAGGGCUAACUAUUUCAAAUUUGACACAUAGUUCAACUUCCGCUGCUUUGCUCCUGCGUACAACCUCUGUCAAGUUUUUGACCAAUUACCCUCGCUCUUUCAUCUCCUAAUUACCAUUCAAUCACUUUACAACCACUCUCCUUCAUCAUGUCGAACCCCCUCGACCUCGAGAAAAAGAUCCGAAAAAUCAGGGACCACGUGAACGAGUACCCCGAUUUCCCCAAACCUGGCGUCCUCUUCAGAGACGUAUUCUCAGUGUUCCAAAACGCAGAACUCGUAGCGAUGCUCCGGGAAGUUCUCAUCGCGUUCGCUACGCAAAUCCAACCGCCUGUCGAAUGUGUCGUGGGGAUAGACGCCCGGGGUUUCCUGCUGGCACCGUUCAUUGCGUUGGAAUUAGAAGUGCCUUUCGUGCCUGUUCGUAAAAAGGGUAAACUGCCAGGGAAAGUGGCUUCAGUUUCGUAUGCUCUGGAAUAUGGAGAGGCAAACAUGGAAAUUCAAGAAAGUAGCAUAAAGGAGGGACAGAGGGUUUUGAUUGUUGAUGAUUUAUUGGCAACAGGUGGGAGUCUGGGGGCUGCUUGUACGUUAGUUAAGAAGUUAGGAGGGGUGGUUGAGGCCUGUUUGGUUCUGAUGGAGCUAUCAGAACUAAAGGGGAGGCUGAAUGUUCCAACAAAUGUGAUUUCGAUAAUCAAGUACUGAGGAUAAAUAGCACAUCUAAGAUUUUGGUGCAAAUUCCAUGAAAACAUUCCCAAGGAUUUGUGUAUUUUUAUAAAUAAAAUAUUUUUAUACAUAAUUUAUACAUUAAAUGUGCACGACUCA